AUGAUAUUUGAAGACACUGAUGAACAAGAUGAAGUAUACGAUGACUUAAUACACCGUGAGUAUGAGCAACAGCCAGAGCAGCAGUUACCAUAUUACGAAGAUGAUAUUUCUGUUUUGGUACAACCAGAUGGACAAUCUAGCCGAGACUUUGCCCAAUCAUUCUUCCGAAGUUUUCAAGCUAAUGUUGGAUUAAUAAUGGCGGUUGUUUUCAUAUUCGGUUUGCUUACACUUGGUGUUGUCUAUGUGGACUUGAACACAACUGAUGCGUGCAUCGAAUGGAUGCAUAACAACUACAGUAUUCCAAGAGUUGUGAAGAUUUUGCAAAUUGUUGGAAUGUCUUUCGAAUUACUUCCAUUGUUUACAUGGUUUCCGGCAUGCAUUGUAAUGUUGUGGGGUUUCAAAGAGUUCAAGAAGAAUUAUCCAUCGUGUUUACUUGUCUGUCAGUUGGUGAUAGGAUCCAUAACCUGUGUUUAUAGAAUUGUUACGGUUGACGUGGUAACACCAACCACAGUUGAUUAUAGCAAAUACAGGUUAGUAAACCGACAACUAUAUAACAUGAGUUGUCCUUUGGCCUCAGUCCCCCUCAAGAUUAAGUUGACUUACAUAGUCAGCGGCGAGGGAGGAUGCGGUGUCACACCCACGCCUAUAAUUCUUCCGGAUCUAAGUAACAAGCUAAAAACCAAAUGUUCCAAUUCCAACUCUAUUUCAUUAUCUCUUUGAGCACCUUUCAAUAACUUGCCAAUGUAAUUGAAAACAUGUAAUAAUUGUCAUAAUGAAAUCGAAUUGCCAGGGCCACGUUUCAGUGAAUUUUCAUUUUUUUCAUUUGCAUAUUUUUUAGUGUCCAUUAUAGGACAUAGAAUUUACAAUCCCAUUGACAAUCCCAUUGAACAACGAGCAACCCGACUCACCAAAUAUAUUGAUUUAUGAGUUUAUACUCUCUUCUUUAGGUUACUCGGUAACGUGUUAUUUAUCCUUUCCAUCGUCUGUGGUGCUUACCUAGUUGCUCGUAAAUUCAAGAAAGUCAACCCAGCAACAUCCUACGGUUUGUUUCAUAUUUUUUUCAUCCUUUCGUUCGCCUUUCUGGGCUCCAGCUUAAUUGCUUAUAUCUACACCUAUAUUAUUAUCAAAGAUUUUAAGGAAACAGAAGGCAAGGUCAAAAAAGCGAUAAUCGCUGCACUCACGCCUGGGAUAUUUUUCCCUGUAACUGCGAUUGCAAAAUACCUUUUAAUGAGAAAGAGCUCGGAGAUUAUUACACCAGAUCGUGCUUUUGUACUGUGUUAUUUCCUACGCGAGGCUUCCAUUGUACUGUACCGAACAAUGCAGUCAGAUUUUCAAAAUAUCUGGCUUUUCAUUGGAUUAUCUCUGUUACAUGGUGUCUCAAAUGUUAUCAGUAAAGCAACGCUUAACUUUCGUAUAAAAAUGUGGACGUUUUUCAUCAAAUGUCUAAACAACACUUGCUGUGGCCCAAGAUUAGAAGUGCAACCUUUAAAUUCACCACGUAUUCGUCGAUUUAACGCAGAUCUUGAAAUUCAGAAUAUCUUAUUCGAGUACACUACGGUCAUCUUAAGUCAGGUAUAUAUGGCGUGUUAUCUUGUAAUGAGCUUCGAUAUCUCACCCUGGCAAGUCAUACAAGGUUCUUUAACCAGGAUAGCCAUAAGUUUGGCCUUAGAUUUUCUAUUCAACAUGAUUUCAGUUUUCAUUCAAAUUCACUAUUAUGACAUCCCAAUGCGAAAGGUGUGGCUGAAAUAUUGGCCACGUCACGUGGCUGCAAAUACGUUAAUCAUUAUCUGUAUGGUGCCGUAUUUUGGGCCAUCACUGGUCAGUGUGUUCGCAGGCUACAAGUACAUUUGGAAAGAAUACAAACUUCGAAAUUGUACAUCGAUAUUUUAA